AAAGAACGUGGCCCGCUGGAGGAGGGGCUGAGGAGGGGUUUCAUCAAAACAAAACAUAAACAUAAGAAAAAUCUUGUUCCAAAACUAUCAAAAAAUCAACCUGACCCUAACCAAAUUUUUGCAAAUCGCAGUCUCAUCAGCUUGUCGGCAAACUUCGACAAAUCUCCGAAUGGAACCCGAUUGAAAUAAUAUUAUUAUUGUUGCCUGCAGCUGUUUUGAAGGAAGGUGCAAUUAACGAAAUUGCUUGCGAAUUCAAGUUCGUGGUAUAAAAAGCGCUCCGUGCCUCCGUGUAUAGCCUCUGACAAUGCAAAGAUUACUUUCUUACUCGUCACAGACAGGAACAACUCGCACAAUGGUUUUGCUUGCUGUUUGUUCGCUUUUGCUUCUUCUGCCAUUUGGAAUGGCUGCCAGAAGUGCAAGGGCGCCGGACGUCCCCGAGUAUUUUCCCGAAAUCGAAGGUGACCUGAGCAACGUCACCUGGUCUCAUGCGACUAACAGUUUGGCAAAACUUGCGGCUGCAAUUGAAGAUCCUGGAAUGAUGAUGCUGGAGGCGGACGUCCUUCUUGGAAUUGUUAUCGGAGGUGGCCCAGAAAAAAUACCAAUUAUGGCCCAUCCUCCAGACACAGAGUCUGACUUGUCCUUGCAAAUUUUUUUGGACGAAGUUAUUUUGGCCAAUGCUAAUGGCAAAAGGAAAGGCAUAAAGUUGGACUUCAAAUCUCUGGAAGUUGUGCCAAUCGCCUUAGAAAUGCUUGGAUCUCUUUCUAAUCAGAUGGGCUUUCCAGCCUGGUUGAAUGCAGACAUACAACAAGGCCCUGUGAACAGCACAAGAAUUCCAAUUGAUGCCAAUCAGUUUUUAAGAGAAUGCAAAUUAAAUUUCCCGGAGAGCACCCUUUCCGUUGGUUGGACAACCAGAUAUGGCAUCGACACAUUUCCACCUAUUGUUUCUGGAGAAUAUUCUAUGGAAAUGGCUGACGCAAUGAUAAAGGCGCUCUCUGACAACCAAAUCAUCCAGCCAGUGACAUUUCCUGUCAGGGCGAGUCUCACUGCCCACUCGGAAAAAGUUAUCUUGCGCCUCCUCAGUGAGGUCCAGUACAGUACCCUGACUCUGUGGGGUCCAGAGACUGACUACGUCGACGUUCCGGCUUUGAUUCAGGUUGUGCAAAGUGUUGGAAGGAAACGAGUUUACAUGGACAUUCCGGAAAAGUUGAAAAAUCAGAUUGUUAAUGCAGUUGAUCCUGCUAAAAGUAGUGGGCAGAGAGGCACAUUGUUGAGCAAGGUUAUGACUGUUGCCCUAUCACUGUUUGCGGUUUUGUAAUUUAUAAAAUAAAAUUAAACAAGUAGUUCUUUUUUAU